AUUUUUAUUGUGAAGUGCGUGUUAAAUCGUAUUCCAAGUCAAUUCACAGCACAAAGAGAAAUUAUUUUCAUUUUUUGUAUUUUUCACACGAUUAAAAUAACGUGAACAUGACAACUGCCGCUCGUCCAACAUUCGAUCCAGCCCGUGGUGGUUCUGGUAAAGGGGAAAAAGAUUUAAGUGCUCUUUCCAAACAGUACUCCAGCCGUGAUUUACCAGGUCAUACAAAACUCAAAUACAGAGAGCAUGGUCAAGGUACAUCAGACGAACUUCGUCAACGUGAUUUCCGUAAAGAAUUGGAAGAGCGUGAGGCCAAAGCAAGUGGUAGUGGUGUUCGGCAAGCUGGUGUUCGUCGUGCAAUCGAAGCCAAUUCGGCACCUUCAAAGAAACCAAAAGUCGAUCAUGUUUCAACGGCCAAUUUAGAUCAAGACGAUCCAAUCGACGACGAUUCAUCGUCAUCCGAAGAUGAUUCGGACGAUGAUACAGCCGCAUUGCUUGAAGAAUUGAACAAAAUAAAGCGGGAACGUGCUCAAGAGGCGGAGAAAAAAGAACAAGACAAAAAACAAGAAGAAGAACGAAUUCGAAUGGAAAACAUUCUGUCGGGAAAUCCAUUAUUGAAUUAUUCAAGCGGUAAAGCGGGUCCAUCCGACAUGAAAGUUAAACGUCGUUGGGAUCAAGAUGUUGUAUUCAAAAACUGUGCUCGCACCGAACCCGAUAAAAAAGGGCCCAUUUUUGUUAACGAUUCGCUACGCUCGGAAUUCCACAAAAAAUUCAUGGAAAAAUAUAUUAAGUAAAUUUCACUGUUAGUUAAGACAUUUGUUUAUUAUUUAGAAUUUUCCACAAUAAAAUCAUACCACAACCAAAUUAUGAA